AUGCAGGCUCUGGCGAUCUCGCCAUCCUGUCUAGAUUUUGCCCCAGGAAUGGUGAAGUUGAUUUUACAUCCUUAUCUUGAUUACCUGCGUAAAGUUCCCUUUUCGACUGCACAUCCGGUCAUUCUUGAGACUUUCUGCCCUCCGCCGUUCACCACGCCGAAGCAGGAGUUAUACCACAGAUUGUGUCCAGUCCGUGCUCUUCAGACUUAUGUCCACCGCACUAGCCAGUGGCUAUGUGUGAACAGGUUACGUUUGAGUCCAGCUGCAAGACACAUUUUGGACACACAUGGUCUGGACCCUGAUCUGGUGAUGCCUACUGGCCCACGAGGUCUUGUUACUAAAGAAGAUGUUCUGAAUCUGUUGAAUCAGCGGGGUAAAGGCCAAGCUGCUCCUCCUGCAAGAGCUGCUACUUCUCCUGCCCCAACCCCACCUCCACCAGCUGCCCCCACCACCGGUCGCCCCACUUACCCACCUGUUUCUGUUCCUGGUAAACCUGGAGCUCCGGGCACGUUCACCGAGAUACCAGCCUCUAAUUUCAGGAGAGUCAUCGCUCAGAGAUUAACGCAGUCGAAGACCACCAUACCCCACGCAUAUGCUUCAGUUGAAUGUGAUCUCAGUGCUGUCAUGAAGCUCAGAAAAGAUCUGGCCAAAGAAAACAUCAAGCUGUCAGUCAAUGAUUUUAUCAUUAAAGCUGCUGCUGCUACACUCAGAGAGAUGCCAGAGGUGAAUGUGAUUUGGUCCCCUGAGGGACCUCGAGCUCUUGACUCCAUUCACAUCUCUAUUGCCGUAGCAACACCGCGUGGUCUCAUCACACCCAUCAUUAAAGAUGCUGCUAACAAAGGCCUUCAGGAGAUCGCUUCCAAUGCAAAGGCUUUGGACCAGAAAGCUCGGGAUGGGAAACUAUUACCAGAGGAGUAUCAGGGAGGAUCAUUCAGCAUCUCUAAUCUGGGAAUGUUUGGCAUUAGUGGAUUUAGUGCAGUUAUAAAUCCUCCUCAAGCGUGUAUUUUGGCUGUGGGCAGUACCAGGACUGAAGUCAGGUUGACAAAACAGAACCAGGACAGUUUGACUCCUGUCCUCUGUACUCAAGAGCUACUGACUGCUACGUUAUCCAGUGAUGGACGUCUAGUAGAUGAUGAACUUGCUUCACGCUUUCUGCAGAAAUUUCGUUCAAACCUUGAGCAGCCUCAGCGUGUGAGCCUGGCAUAGAAAGAGCAACAGUGUCAUCAAAAGCAACAUUAUGAGCUUCAAGUGAAAAUAGGGUGAAAUACGGUGAAAGUUACUGCUUAUUUAUUCAUUAAGAUGUACUGUAAAGUUGUAUGAAGCACCAGGAGUCUCUUUUAAAUCCAGGCUCCAUAAAGUUUAGUUAUUAUAAUACCCUAACAGGAGGAUAUUUUCAUUAUUUUUCGGGUAUAAUUAAGUCGCUUACGCAAAAAUAAAUUCAUUAUAUACAGCUUUUGUCAGAUUACAAAAAAGUCAAAGCCAUCACAUCAUGUUUGGUCU